AGACUCAGACACAGUAAGAAUGGAUGACACAUGCUCACAGUGCUUGUGGCUACAAUUAAGCAACCGACUACAAACACAACCAGCUCAACGUGGCCGCUCAACAACUGUUAACACACUUGCGGCUUCAAACUUUAACGAAAUUCAACACGGGGACAUGAAAUCACAAUGAGAUUUUCAAGCAGGUCUUCCUAAAGCAAACAGCCGGCUAAAGCUAGCAGCUGCUAUCAACCCACAUAAGACCCAACUUGUUGCUUCGCACCAAACUCAGUGCAGGGGGUAACUGGGUUAUACUUUUUCAACCCACGAGGCUAAAUGAAGCACAGAUAUCCGUUACAGACGUUGUUUGAAAAAAGUUGGAUGACAAGUGUGCACCUACCAGAGGCUGCUGACCGAGACCCUCUCUCAUUGGAUGAGCCGACAGAGUUCAACAUUUCACUUCCGGUUCAUUGAUCUAUCACAUAAAUAUAUAAACAAAUAUCUAUGACUGAAAGUAUUUGUAGUUAUGAUAUUAGGACAAAUACAAGUUCAAAUCAUCUGUACAGCUCAUUUUCGCGUAUUGAUAAAACUAUUGACGUUUAAUGGUCUGUCGCCAUGGCAACAACAACACGCCAGCUUCACGGCGACAGCAGCGCCUCAGGGAAAGACCCAAUGAAAAUAAACUACAUUUUUCCAAAUGGGGACCGGUAUGUGGGCGACUGCAUUCGGAUGCCAUCCGGAGAGACGAAGAGGAGCGGCAGCGGCAGACACACGUCAGCAAGUGGCAUCGUCUACACAGGAGAGUGGCGCGACGACAAAAUGAACGGCAAAGGCAGCCUGCGGCACCCUUCAGGAGCUCUCUACCAAGGAGAGUUCAAGGACAACAUGUACCAUGGGAGAGGAACCUACACGUUUCCUGAUGGCUCCAAGUACACUGGAUCAUUCAACCAAAACAAGUCAGAUCAAGUCACAUACAUGUCAGUGUUCCAACAUCUUCACCGACUUGUUCAAAUGCUGUCUGCUUAUAGGUUGGAUGGAGAGGGGGCGUUCACCAGCACCCACGGUUUGGUUUGGACUGGAGAGUUUAGUGGGGAUGGAGCUUUGGGUCUAAAGUUACAACACAAUUUAUGCAAACCUAUUGUGAGCAGCCGCAGCUAAUGGUUCUGGAUCUGAUCUUAGAUUUCCCAUUUUUAGAUCACCUGACUUCAAUAAAGUCUCUCUGUGUUUGUAUCCUUGUGACGACAUGUAUGUUGGCUGUCCUGUUUUAUAAUAUAUGCUUAUUCUGUUUUAAGUCACAUAGGGAUCAGGAAUGUCCUAGAUAAUCCAAAUGACUAAAAAUGAAUAAAAGACAUGUACAUUUAUGUUGGCUGUGAUAGCGAAACUCCAGACAGGCUGGUGAUCCGUGGCAGAAAUAUGUCAUGACGAUGGCAGUGAAAUGAAGUGCUCCAAACCAGAAAAAUAAAUGAUUGUGGCAGUGACCGCCUGAAUAACAGCAACCACACGCGUGACUACUGAGAAUGACAUCAUAGAGUUAUAUCAGUGUUAAAAGUUAUUGAUGGUAGGGGAAACUGGACCACUAGUUUUCGUAUGAAUUACAUGACGCCAUGAUAUGAGAUCCUUCCUCAGCAUAAACAA